AUGACCCGUACAAGAGCUGCCACUGUCAGUCAGGAUGCCCCUCCCGCCGACAACAACCCCGCUCCAGCCACCACCUCGACCACCGACACUGCCGAGUCUGCUGCUACUGCGCCGGCGCAAGCUACAUCCACCGACAAAAAGGAAGCCCCGACCAUUCGUUUCAUCCCCCAUCAUGAGCCUCGUGCUUCGAGGCCGUCCCUCACCUUUCCUAUCAUCACACGCACAAUUGCCGCUGCUGGUCAGCGAGUAAAGGUCGGUAGAUAUUCCGAAAGAGAUCAGGCCGUCGAUUCGCAAGCAAGUGCCAAAACCGCAGCUCCCGUUGGCUUCAAGAGCAAGGUCGUCAGUCGCAGGCAUUGUGAGCUCUGGUGCGACAAUGGUCAGUGGUUCAUCAAAGACGUUAAGAGUAGUUCCGGCACCUUUUUGAAUCAUGUGCGCCUGAGCAGUCCAGGCAUGGAGAGUCGUGCAUAUCCUCUCAACGAUGGUGAUAUCGUUCAGCUGGGCAUUGAUUUUAAAGGUGGAGAAGAGGUCAUCUUCCGUUGUGUCAAGAUUCGUAUCGAAUGCAACAGAGGUUGGCAGAAGAGCUUGAACCAGUUCAACACUGCAACACACAAAAAUAUCCUCAAACAGGCAAAGGUCAACAACGCUAAAGACACCGACGCUCAAUCGACCCACAGCUCCGAGUGUUCCAUCUGCUUGAAUCCUGUUGCUCCAUGUCAGGCUCUUUUUGUUGCUCCAUGCUCGCACGUGUGGCACUACAAGUGUAUCCGCACUCUUAUCUAUCCAAGCUGGCCGAGCUUCCAAUGUCCAAAUUGUCGUGCGUACGCCGAUCUGGAAGCCGAUGUUGAGCCUCCGGAAGAA